AUGAAAGCAACACGCCGAGGACCAUCUGGUUUUUGUGAAGCUAGACCUGGUACUCACCACAGCCACUUCUCCAUCAGUGACAGUUUAUGUGACUAUCUUCGUCGGUUCAUGUGUCGUGCCGUCAAUGAAGCCGAGGAGCUAGUGGCCACACAUGUAUGGCAUGAUUUGUGCCUUCCAAACAAGCUGCGGCACGUCGUCGCGAGCGUUCUGCCGGGUGAACGCGGCCGCGUGGAGUUCGUCGCCGGGGACAUGUUCGAGCACGUUCCCAAGUCGGACGCCGUCCUCCUCAAGUGGAUCCUGCAUGGAUGGGAUGAUGAGAAGCGCGUGCGGAUACUGCGUCGGUGCAGGGAGGCGAUCCCGGUGAAGGAGGCCGGCGGCAGGGUGAUCGUGAUGGACCUGGUGGUGGGGUCGAGCCCAGCGGACGAGAAGGCCACCGAGACGCAGCUGUUGUUGGACGUGAUGAUGAUGAGGGUGGUCGGGAGCCCCGAGCGGGACGAGCGCGAGUGGCGCAAGGUUUUCGAGGAGGCGGGCUUCAGUGGCUACAAGAUCGUGGCCGUCCUCGGCAUCCGGUCUGUGAUCGAGGUGUACUUCGUGGUAGGGAGAGCAUCCACUGUGUUCUUCCACCAUCACAAAGAAUACGAUUUUUCAUGUGACGAACAAAUUGAGCAUCCACAUGCAAUGCACCAGAAUAGAGGUCCACAAGCAACAUGGCAUAAAACAUAG